AUGAUUAUAGCCGUGGUGGGGUGUACGCACGGAGAGUUGAAUUUCAUUUACGCGACUAUAGAAAAGUUGGAGCAAGACAAUAACUUCAAGGUGGACCUGCUAAUCUGUUGCGGAGAUUUCGAAUGCGUACGAUACGGAGUGGACAAUGAUUGUUUGAAUGUUCCAAAUAAAUACAAGAAGGAGGAAAAUGAUUUCAGGGAUUAUUUCACAGGGAAAAAGAAAGCCAAAGUGUUAACCAUAUUUAUAGGAGGAAAUCAUGAAGCGGUAAAUGUAUUGAAGCAACUGUACUACGGAGGAUGGGUAGCACCAAAUAUAUAUUUCCUUGGAUAUUCAAAUAUACAUAAUAUAAAUGAUUUUCGAAUUUGCAGUCUUAGUGGUAUUUACAAAAAAUAUAAUUUUUACAAAAGGUACAAUGAACAUUAUCCAUAUGAUGAAAUCAGUAAGGUGAGUUCCUAUCACAUUAGAAAGUAUGAAAUUGAAAAAUUAAAACUCGUAAAGGACAAAGUAGAUAUUGUUAUAACACAUGAUUGGCCAAACAAUAUUGAGAAGCAUGGAGACAUGAAUGAGCUCCUUAGGAGAAAAUUCCAUUUUCAGUCAGACAUAUAUAAUAAUACACUUGGAAAUCCACAUACUGAAUUUUUACUAAAUAAAUUAAAACCCUAUUUUUGGUUUUCUUCUCAUUUACACGUAAAAUACUCUGCCAUUUUUUUACAUAGUGAUAAAAAGAACUAUACUCGAUUUCUUUCUCUGGACAAAGCGGAACCCAGAAAGCAUUUCAUUCAGAUUUUAAACAUUGAGAAAAGGAACAACAUUCCAUACCUGUCGUUUGAUCACUUGCCAAAGUCUUCUGCUAACGAGACAGAGGGGAAGAGCCAGUUUUUCAAUGACGACUAUGAGAAGCUCCUACAACAUGUGGAGGAUGUGCAGCGCAAGGAUGCCCAGGAGGGUGGGCAGGCAUCUACAGGGAAGGAGGCACCAAAGGGGGAAGAUGUGCCGACAGAGGAAGAAGCCCCUAAGGAGAACACCCCAGGGGAAAGCAACGCUCAAGAAAACACCGCUCAGGGAAACACCGCUCAGGGAAACACCGCUCAGGGAAACACCGAGCAGGAAAACACCGCGCAGGAAAAUACAACUGUGGAGGAAGACGCCACUGCAGAGCGCAAGCAGUUAUACAUAUGCUACGACGAGGAGUGGCUAGCCAUUUUGAAGGCCAACCAUCACCUCCUCGCGGAGGGUAGCGACAAGGAUUACAAUUUGGAGAAGCUUAAGUACCCCUCGAAGGAAGACUUUGAGUAUAUCCAGGACAAGCUGAAAAAUCUGGAAAAUAUAUCCAUCAAGGGCAAGGACUAUUAUUUGGUCCACGGGUACAAUAACCCCAGUUAUAAAAACCUGUGGGAGCAGAGGCAGGUCUUCCUGAACCGCUUUGAUUUCGAGGAGCUCCGAAUGUACGACGACUUUGAGCGUUUGUUUUUCGCUGAAGAAGUGCGCAAGAUGGACACCGGGUUGCCAUUGGACAAUCCCAAAUUGGCGGAAGAUCAGGAGAAUGGGCAAGAGGGCAAACCGGAAGAACCCGGGCAGAAUAACCAAACUGAUGAACACGGUGAACGCAGCCCCAACGGGGACAAUACCCCCCAUUCGGGGAACGAGUCCAACCAAAAUAAACUUAGCAUUGACAGCUGA